GCUCUGCGCGGCUCUCGGUGCUCCCGCUGUGGGAGGAAGUGACGCCGCACGCGGAUCCGCGGCCUCGGUGACAUUCUGUGAGGCAGUGGUGGGGGGGGGGGCGACGGCGGCACGGCUCAGACCUGGCUCGUUGUGGCCGUCCAUGCCCGGCUGCUGCGGCUCGGUGGGGACGGCAGCGGGGCCCCGCGUCCUACAGGCUGCUGCAUUGCUGAAGUCCAUCUCCUGUUCAUCCAGUCUUCCAGACCACGUGCUCCAUGCUUUGAGACCAGGAGGACCUUGGUGUUCUGAAAUGAAGAUGGAGGCGGUGGGAAAAGCAGAAGAACUUGACUCGCAAGUUCCACCAAAGACUUCUGAAAAGCAAGAAACUGUUCCUGAUGAAGAUGGACCUAUAGAACUUGAGACACACACUCAGAAAGAUAAUGUGCCCAUUGCAGCAGACUCUGCAGUGCUGUCUUCAAUGCCUUGCUUACUGAUGGAACUAAGGCGAGACUCCUCAGAGUCUCAGCUAGCAUCUACGGAGAGUGAUAAGCCAAUGGGUGGUCGAGUUUAUGAGAGUGACUCUUCUAAUCAUUGCAUGCUUUCCCCUUCUUCCAGUGGGCAUUUGGCUGACUCAGAUACAUUGUCUUCCACAGAAGAGAAUGAGCCCUGUCAGGCUGAAGCUGUUGUAGAGGGAGAUCCUUCUGCGGCGUCUGGGGUUGCAGUUGGGAGGAAAUCCAGGCGAUCCAGGUCCGAAAGUGAAACUUCAACAAUGGCUGCCAAGAAAAACCGACAGUCUAUCGAUAAGCAGAAUGGUCGAGUUACCAAAGUAAAAGGUCAUCGAAGCCAAAAGCACAAGGAAAGAAUCCGGCUCUUGAGACAGAAACGGGAAGCAGCUGCUCGCAAGAAGUACAACCUGCUGCAGGACAGCAGUACCAGUGAUAGUGACCUGACAUGUGACUCGAGCACAAGCUCAUCAGAGGAUGAUGAAGAGGUUUCAGGGAGCAGCAAGACAAUCACUACAGAGAUACCAGCUGGCUUCAUUCGUGCUGGGGGAUCUGGAGGAGCGACCAGGGAAAUUCCAGGAUUGCUUGACAGGGGCACCGUGUGGGAUAGGAACUGCAUAGGCAAUGUCCUGGAAGAGGCCAUGAACUGCUUUGCCGAGAUGCAGAGGCAGACAGAGGAGAAAUUUCGCAUGUGGAUAGAAAAACUAACCCAUCUUGACACAGAUGAAGAAAGCAAGCAACAACUGGAGCCCAGGGAACCUAAAAUUCAACUAGUUGGCCAGAGAAUCCCCCCUACCACACAGUCAGGGGCUUUCCUACAGAUGCCUGGUAGCCAAAUACUUCCACAGCAGUCAUUCAGUUCUUACGUGGGCUAUCAAAAUGUUGAUGAUAUGGUAGAGUUUCCAGCGACUUUUAAUAACAAUUUUUCACCUAUCUUUCCAGAGAAUGGGAAUAUUGCAGAGCCUGAUCUGAAUCAAUCAUAAACUUAAAAAAUUCUGAUCUUUGCAAUACUGAUGUUGGUUUGGAUUAUGCUUUAAACAAGGUUUGCUUUUUUCUUCAUAUAUGUUUGUUUUGAUUUUUCUCUUUGGGAUUUUAUUACCAUGGCAUAAUUGUUUUUUAAUUUACAGAGAAUAUAUAUGUAGUUUAAAAAAACCCAGAGUCUACCCACAUGUGUGUGCCAGCACGCACAUACGAACACCUUUAAAGGUGUGUAUGAGGGAAAGCCUAAGUUUCAUCACCAAACAUGGGAAAAUAUAACUUAAAAUCCCUUUUAGCUACCCCAGAAUCAGUAGACCUAUGUCUGCUACAUUAGGAGCAUUCAGAGUAUUCAUCCAAAUGCCCUUUUUGCAUGUUAAAAACGUUUAUAUGAGGAAAUAAGUUUUAUAUUUAAAUAUGUAAAGUACCCUAGAGAACCAGACUUAGUACAGACCUAUAACAUUUCUUUAACUAUCUGUUUACUCCCAAGUUUUGCAGCUUGAAAAUGUCAAACAUUAGUUCUUUCUUCUUCCCUUACUUAGGCAGAAGUAAUGAAUAAGCUUACCCUAAAGGUUUAACUAUAUAUAACAAAUGUGCACAACUGAUUUGCUUUUUUUUCUCCCUUUUAGUAAUUCAUUUUCUGUCCAUAGUUUUUAGUAAUGUCACUACUGUGUUGCACAUGGCACAUUUAUGGAAGCAGCUGUCUUACACUGUGUGCACAAGUAUGCACGUGUAUAUGCGUGUAUAUAUAUAUAUAUGUGUGUGUGUGUUCAGUUUGGAUGGAAGUCAUCUCCUCUAUUUUUAGGUGUCUGCUGUUAUGUGGAUCUCCUGAGACAAUGGGAAGAGGUAAGCACCUAGAGAGGAUACUUCCUGGCAAUGUCUUCCUCUUCCAUUAGUUGUCUAAACUUCCCUUACAAACAGUUUAGGAUAGAUAACUUCUGGCUGAAGUCUGGGGAGAGGAUCCCAUCCAACUUACAUGUAUGUGCAUGACCUGUGCACACAAGGCACUGCUGCUUCCUUCUGUAUAUACGAUUGAGCUGCAUCCUUCAUGCUGGAAUAAAAAUAGUUGUGUCAGUCCUGAGAUAAUCAGCCACCAGUGGAUGGAUUGAGCCUUGGCAUAGGAAUUUAAAGGAAGGCUUGAUAGUUGGGUUAGUAAACACUGUGGUCUGAAGGGAUGGGUUGCUGGUCUGUGUCAGACAGCAUGAGCUGCUUCUAAACUGCAUUCAAAUGCCACUGAAAUAAUUUCUUACUUGUGAUGGGGAAUGCCAGAACAUUAGUUUCAUUUAAAUAAUACAAUAGCUUGCUAUUGUGUGGAAUCUUUUUUAUACUUAUAGUUAUUCUAAAUAGGAAGGCUUGAAACUGUGAUGUUUAAAGUAGAAUUAAUUUAAACUAUAUAUUAGAAAUCUCUAUUUAAUUCUUACUAUUAUCAGUACACACAGGGAUUUUUUGGUCAUGUCUCCAUUAAGGUCUUUCUUCAUGAGAAGUAGCUUCUCUGUAGCUACCAAAAAUGUAUAUUUAUCAGAUAGAACUUGCUAAAAGUUUCUAAUUCAAAUCAAAGUUCUAAUAAUGGAAAUUGAAAGUCUGCAUAGAUAUAGUUUAAGUAGAGAGGACACUUUAGCUCUCUUAUUUUCCUUUUUAAACCACCGUCACUUUUCC